AUGAAAGACACAGCCACCUCUUGUACAAUUAUAGCAGCUCUUGUAACUACUGUAGUGUUUGCCGCUGCUAUUACAGUACCGGGUGGAAAUGAUCGCAACAAAGGCUUUCCAAUUCUCUUUGAGGAUAGAGGCUUCAUAACCUUUGUUAUAUCAGAUGCACUUGGGCUUUUCUCAUCCAUCUCCUCUGUGGUGAUGUUCUUAUCUAUCUUGACUUCGCGUUAUUCAGUAACUGAUUUUCUCUUCACCUUACCCAAUAGGUUAAUCAUUGGUCUUAUAACCCUCUUUAUCUCCUUAAUAUCCAUGAUGGUAGCUUUCGGUGCCACACUCUAUCUUAUGUUUGCACAUAAGAUUACAUGGAUCAUUUUUCCACUUACUGCAUUUUCCUGUAUACCUGUAGCAUUGUUUGCCUACUCCCAAUUUCCUCUCCUUUUGGAUAUGAUCAUAUCCACUUAUGGCCCCGGCAUUUUCGGUCAACGGAGUGAUCGUAUCCUUUUCUGGAUAUGUAAAUCGAGAAAGGAAAAACUUUAA